GGCAAGGGUAACGAGGUCAUCGAGUUAUCCGAUACCGACAGUGACACCGAGUUCUUCACCGCAAAGAAGCGGACCUACGCCAAGCCGCUGCCCACCACCCGUGGGGCCGUCACCGAGCCCAUUGUCAUUUCAGACUCGGACUCUGACGGCGGGUCCCAAAAGAAGCGCCGGAAGAAGGCUUUGCCCAAGACGACGACCCACCUUCCCGAGUGGGCUCGCAGUGAUCGCAGCCGCAAGAAGUGUGAGAGCUCCGAGGACAACAGCGCAAGCGCAAGGGGAGGGAGCAACGACCCUCUGAGCGUGUUGACGGACGACGACGAGCCUUCGACGUCGAAGAAGUCCGCCAGCCCAGGCAAGGGCAAGGGCAAGGGCAAAGAGAAGGCACCAGCGCGCAAGACGGUCGAGCUCACCCCACCGCCCCAACUCAGCGCCGACGUCCAGGCUCGUCUGAAAGAGCGUCUCUUUGCGCACUGGAAAGAAACCGAAGAAGAGGACGACGAGGACGAGGACGUGCCGUCCAGCCCGCCGCCGGCCGCUAAUGGCUCCUCGGUCCCUACCGUCCCCACUGUCAUGAUCACAAUCUCGAUGGUUGCCGACCCGGACAGGAAGGCGACCGCGAGCGCAAAGGCCAUUGUUCACUAUGAGCGUCCGCAAAUCUACCACGUUCUCCGAAACAGCCCGUUGUCUGACGUGGUGGAAGUUUUGGCUGAGAGGAUUCAGAAGAGGCCACAGGACCUGUUGCUCGUCUACGAGGACAAGCGCCUGUAUGCCAUGACCCAGACUCCUGGGCAGCUCGGGAUCAUGUACUCGGCGACUAUGGUGGCAUACGAAAAGGUGGUCUGGGAAAAGGUGCAGGAGCUGCAACGAAAGGCCGAGCGCGAACGCCUGUUUGGCGACGACGACGACUUUGGCGCGUCCCCCACCGGGUCUCCUUCCAAGUCCAAGGCCGGGUCUCCCGCACCCGACACGGCGGCCGCGUCUGUCCCCGAACCGGUCGAGGACGAAAACAAGGUCAAGAUGAAGUUGCGAGGCGCCGCCGGCGAGCUCAACACGCGUGCAACCAAGGAAACCAAGGUUUCGACCCUUAUCAAGUACUAUUGCACCAAGUUUAACAUUGCUGCCGACCGCGCUGCGGGCAUGUACCUCGACCUCGACGGGGAGCAGUUUACGGGCGACUCGACGGUCAACGACCUGGAUCUCGAGGACGGCGACAUGGUGGACGUGAAGGGUUAG